ACUUCUUUGCGUUUGCGUUGAAAGAAAUAAAAACAAACAGUUACCAAGCACUUUCCUUUCCUCAGGCAUACACUUUCCCUCCAAAGCGAAAGAAAAACACACAGAGAGAGAGAGAGAGAGAGAGAGCAUUAAACAUGGACGAGCUGUACACCACACUCACUGAGCAACGCCGAGAGCUCAUGGCGGCGAAAACCCUAGACUCCGACCUCGACUUGGCCUAUCAACUCCAAAUGCAAGAGGCCAUGAACGCCUCUCUCGCUCUCCACAACCCUGCAGCUGCAAGCUCUUCACGCACUUCUCCACGUCCACAUACGCAACCCAACGACGACGACGACGACGUCGUAUUCAUACCACAAUCCCCUAACGACGACGUUUUGGACAUCGCCACAACGCUCAUGCUCGAAGACAUGAACAGGUUCGUGCAAGAACUCGAGGACCGCGAGCAAAGCGAGGCGGAGAUGAGGAAAUUGAAGGAGGAUCUCGACCGUCGGAUCCACGAUCAAAAACUCGCCGUCGAUAUCCACAACAUCCCGGACCAACAAUGGGAAAAAUACGGCGACAAUUACCACCGCCCCUACCGUACGGCCAAGUCUUCGCCAUCGUCUUCGAAGGCUUUGGUUGACUCGGAGUGUUUCAGGCUGUAUUUCAAGGGCUUGGUGAGCGAAGAGAGGGUUAGGGGCAUAAUGGUAAACGUGGCUGGUGCUGGCGUUGCCAUUUGCGAUUCUCGGGAUAAUCUGAUCUUAGAGGCGAGGAAGAAUGUGGAAGCUAUGGUGAACGGUGCGGUGGUGAGUGGAGAAGUUGCUGAGCUUCAAGCUCUCAUUGAAGCUCUCAAUAAAGCUCUGACCUUGGAUUUGAAAAGCGUCACCUUUUUCUGUGACGAUUACAUGCUUUACCAAUAUGUUACAGGCAGAGUACCACCACGGCAGAGCAAGACUGUAACAUUAGUCAAUCAGGUGGCUCUUCUUCAAAGAAAAUUUACAUAUUGCAACCCAUCUCUUGUGGCGCGUAACAAUAUUAAAUUUGCAUUUAAAUCUGCAAGAGAUGCUAUAGUUUCUCAAAUUAUCUGGGCAGAAGAAACUAACAAAGGCAAGUUGAAGGAGACAUGUGUAAUUUGCUUUGAAGAUACUGAUGUUGAUAAGAUAUUUUCAGUUGAUGGUUGCCUGCACAGGUAUUGUUUUUCUUGUAUGAAACAGCAUGUGGAGGUUAAGUUACUUAAUGGAAUGGUGGCAAAGUGCCCUCAUGAAAACUGUAAGUCAGAGGUGAGUAUUGAUAGCUGUAGAAAGUUCUUGGCACCGAAUUUGGUUGAGGUCAUGAGCCAACGCAUUAUGGAAUCUUCUAUUUCUCCUACAGAGAAAGUUUAUUGUCCAUAUCCCAGGUGCUCAGCAUUAAUGUCAAAAAGUGAGGUCUUACGAUAUACUAAAAAUGUAUACAUUGGUGCGGAAGAAUCUGGAGCCAGGAAAUGCAUGAAAUGUCGUUAUUUUUUCUGUAUCAAAUGCAAAGUCCCUUGGCAUUUGAAUAUGACCUGCUAUGAUUACAAAAGAUCAAAUCCUAAUGCCCAUCCAGGAGAUGCAAAGCUCAAGUCUCUUGCAAAAUCAAAUCGAUGGCGCCAGUGUUUGAAAUGCAAGCACAUGGUUGAACUAGCUGAAGGUUGCUAUCACAUCACUUGCAGAUGUGGAUAUGAGUUUUGCUACACUUGUGGAGCCGAGUGGAAGAACAAGAAAGCAACAUGUUCCUGUAAAAUCUGGGAUGAGCGUAACAUUAUACAUGAUAACCAGCAAAGAUGAUGAUUAGUAGUGUGAAGGCUUUUGUUGCAGAUUGACUGUGAUGGUGAUCAGUCUGUUUAUUUCUCUCACCCUUUCUUCCACUUUGUGUGGUUUAGUUUUUGGCAAAAAGAACAGCAAGAAAGUAUUGUAUCUGCUAAUGCUGUGAACAUAUAGUUUCUAUGUUUUUUGUUUAGUUUUUGGCAAAAAGAACAGCAAUGAGUAUCAUGUUUGCUAA